AUGAACCCCUCCUCAUCGAAGGACGAGAACGAUCCAUCGGGGAGUUUGACCACACCAAAGCCCUCAAGACCGUCGAAUUUUGGACAGUAUAUUAAUGAUGACCGGUCCAUUAGUCCCAUGCAAAAAGUGAUACCAAAAAACGUGAGUUUCACCGAUUCUUCACCAAAGGUAUAUCAUGCAGCUGUGUUUCACGAGUCUUCUGAUGAUGUGGCCAUAGUGAGCGACGAAGAAGAGGAUGGCAAAGAAGAUGACAGAAGAAAUUCAAUUCGGUCCGAUAAUGGUGAGCUGUUGUUCAAAUUGCCGAGGUAUGUGGUUACUGAGGAUAAGACUGUGCCCGAGCCUCAAGAGAUAUCUGAGCAGCAGGAGGAACAAGAAGAUGAUGAUGCAAAGGAUUCAGAAUCGCUUAAAAGCAAAGAAGACUUGCCCGAGUUUAAGAAGAGACCUUUGAGUGACACACCUGUGAUGUCAGCUUCGAAUUCUCCAACACUCAAUGCAUUCUCACCUCUGGAUCUAAGCUCAGACGAAGAAGACAACCACUUGUCCAAACAGAAAAAGGAAAAUAAAUCUGCAGGUGUUGAUCAGAUCACCAAGCAAAAUACCAUACGGAACAGAAAAAUGUCAUUGAGCCAGGUAAAUGAAGCAUUGAACAACAUUAUUGACACUCAGGAGGUGACAGGACACAUAAAGACUACACUAGACAUACCAGGGCAGACGAGAUCAAAAUCCAAUCCAGACGGAACGACCCUUACACCUGAGAGGGUGGUUGUGGUGAUGAUUGGGCUUCCUGCUAGGGGUAAGUCUUAUCUUUCUAACAAGCUCACGAGGUAUCUGAACUGGCUACAGAUCAACUGCAGACUGUUCAAUGUUGGAAGCACGAGGAGGCAACAGGCCUCACAUUUGGGGCCAGAAAGCUCCCCUUUGCCUGAUAUUCCUGAUAGUCCUCAUGGUACCACUUCACCUGGUGAUACUACUCACAGAGCGAGCUUCUUUUCUCCCGACAAUCAACAAUCGAACAUGCUGCGAGAGAAAUGGGCCAAGGACACGCUAAAUGCGUUGUUGGAUUAUCUCUUAGAAGGAGACGGCUGUGUCGGUAUUUUCGAUGCUACAAAUUCUACAAAGGCUCGCAGAAAGAUGAUUCUGGAAACUAUUCAUAAGAGAAGCGAUGGCCAGUUGAAGGUGCUGUUCUUGGAGAGCAUCUGUUCCGAUCCAGACAUCAUCGAUGCUAACGUCCGGCUGAAACUGGCUGGUCCGGACUACAAGAACAUGGACCCAGAUGUUGCCUUGAUGGACUUUGUUGCCAGAUUGCACAACUACGAGAGGGCAUAUGAGACUAUUGACGAGGAAGAGGAAGGAAUAAAAAAUUUCCAGUACAUCAAGAUGAUUGACGUCGGAAGAAAGGUGAUUGCUUUUGGGAUCAAAGGGUAUUUGGCAUCCCAAAUCGUGUAUUAUCUUCUGAAUUUCAACCUUUCUGAGAGACAAAUUUGGAUUGCCCGGCACGGUGAAAGUAUUGACAAUGUGAGUGGAAGAAUUGGCGGAGAUGCUCCGUUGACCGAGAGAGGAAUCAAGUUCUCGAAUGCUCUGGCAAGAUUUAUGAAGUUCAAGAAAGAGGAGUUCAGAAACAAACAGAUUGAGGACUUUAAGAAAAGAAUCGAAUUGAAGACGUCGGAGAAGGGAUCAGAACAGGCAAUCAGCGAAAGCAAGCCAGCCGAAAAUCCAGUUUUCUCAGUAUGGACGUCAAUGAUGCAAAGGAGCAUUGAGACUGUUCAGUACUUUCCUGAGUCCGAAUUUGACAUCAAGGAGAUGAGAAUGUUGAACGAACUCGGUGCCGGAAAAUGUGAAGGAAUGACAUACGCAGAGAUUCAAAAGAGGUACCCUCAGGAAUUCAGUUCGAGAAUUGAGGACAAACUCACUUAUCGAUAUCCCGGAGUUGGGGGUGAAUCUUAUUUGGACGUGAUCAACAGAUUGCGUCCUGUGAUUACUGAGAUUGAGAGGACUACCAAUCAUCUUCUUCUGGUGACCCAUAGAGUGGUUGCCAGAGUCUUGCUUGCUUACUUUUUGAAUCUUUCCAAGGAAGCUAUUGGAGAUUUGGAUAUUCCGUUGCACACGUUAUAUCUGCUGGAGCCCAAGCCGUUCGGAGUUGAUUGGCACAUGUACGAAUACAACGAGUCCAAGGACUGGUUUUACAAGAUUGAUCCUGGGUCACUGGACAAUGCCAGAAAGGUUAAGCAGGUUGGAAUUUCAUUCAGAGAGAGGAAGUACUCGGUGGUUCCAACAGCUCCUCGGCGUACCACGUUUUCAAACGCUCCAGGCUCCCGACCCCUAGGCUCUGUACUUUCUGGUGGAACGAGGUCCUAUUCAAACAACGUUGCCAACCAAAGGAGUGGGUUCAUGAAGCCGGAACUGGGAAUUCCAAGUGCCGCACCUACAGGACGGUUCCCAAGGCACGAGAAGGACAGAUGA